AUGUCGAACUCAUUUGCGCCUUUAGAUCCGGUGUCGAAUGGACCAAGUAGCAAAAAGAGGGUUGCAUACUUCUACGACUCAGAUGUCGGAAACUAUGCCUAUGUUGCAGGUCAUCCUAUGAAGCCUCAUAGGAUACGUCUGGCACAUAGUUUGAUCAUGAACUAUGGAGUUUACCAGAAGAUGGAAAUUUACCGAGCGAAACCAGCAACCCGACACGAAAUGACUCAAUUCCAUACCGAUGAAUACAUUGACUUUCUUCAGAAAGUUACCCCCGAUAACAUGGACACCUUCUCAAAGGAACAGGGAAAAUACAACGUCGGAGAUGAUUGUCCGGUAUUUGAUGGAUUGUUCGAAUUCUGCGGAAUCAGUGCUGGAGGUAGUAUGGAGGGUGCAGCCCGCCUAAAUCGUGGAAAAUGCGAUAUUGCAAUUAAUUGGGCUGGAGGACUACAUCAUGCAAAGAAAAGUGAAGCAAGCGGCUUCUGUUAUGUCAAUGACAUUGUUCUCGGCAUAAUCGAGCUCUUGCGCUUCAAAAAGCGAGUCCUCUACAUUGAUAUCGAUGUCCAUCACGGUGAUGGUGUCGAGGAAGCUUUCUAUACGACUGAUAGAGUGAUGACAGUUUCGUUCCACAAGUAUGGCGAAUAUUUUCCAGGAACUGGUGAACUACGAGAUAUUGGUGUUGGACCAGGCAAAAAUUACGCAGUCAAUUUCCCACUUCGUGACGGUAUCGACGAUGUUACGUAUAAAUCCAUCUUCGAACCUGUUAUUCAGAGUGUUAUGGAUUAUUAUCAGCCAGAAGCUAUCGUUCUUCAAUGUGGUGGAGACAGUCUCUCCGGUGAUCGCCUGGGAUGUUUCAAUCUGAGCAUGAGAGGUCACGCAAAUUGUGUUCAGUUUGUCAAAAGCUUCAACAAGCCCACUUUAGUGCUUGGAGGAGGUGGGUAUACCAUGCGUAAUGUCGCGCGAACUUGGGCAUUCGAGACUGGUGUAUUAGUUGGCAAGGAAAUGGACCCUGUACUCCCUUACAAUGAGUACUACGAGUAUUACGGCCCUGAUUAUGAACUUGAUGUUCGAGCCUCUAACAUGGAGAAUGCCAACUCAAAAGAUUAUCUGGAGAAGAUAAAAAUCCAAGUCAUCGAAAAUCUGAAGAGAACUGCUCAUGCCCCGUCUGUACAGAUGCAGGAUGUUCCCCGUACUACUUUAGCUGGGACAACCGAUGAGGAUGAGGAUAUCAUGGCUGAUGCUGAUGACGACGAAAACAUGGAUGUUCGUCAUACUGAGCACCGAAACGAUAAGCAUGUAGCCCGGGACGAUGAGUUUGAUGAAGGUGAUGAAGAGGAAGCAAACCUUGCAAAUGGAGCUUUUGCUCAGAACGGCCAAGCAAAGCAGCGCAAUCACACCUACUCGGAUGUCGAAAUGGACAGUGGUGUAGCGACUCCUGAAGCUGAAGUUCACAAUGAGAUCGAAGAUGCACCAACAGCGGUCACCGAAGCGAAUGCGCAAGUAAAUGCAGAGCUCAUGGAGCAGAAGACUCAAGACGCAACCCCUACCGAAACCCUUGAAGUCGGUCCAUCGAAUGCUCCAUCUCGCUCAGACUCGCCUAAACCAAUUGUUGAUGACGAAGGUGAUGUUGAUAUGGCUGAGCCGCCCGAGGCCGCGACCGUAGUAUGGGACUUGAAGCCAUCUGAAAAAUUAUCAGCGUCUCCAACAGCCUCGGUCAAAGACAAUAUUAUUGCCAACGUUGAGGCAGCCGCCAGUAACGCUGAAAUCAUGCCCGAGACGGCCGCUCUGCAAGCAGAGCCUGUGGUGAAGCAAGAAGGCGAGAGUGGACGACAAGAUACCGAUGUGAUCGCAGAGGCAAGUGAGGAGAUUACCGAGCAAGUUCAGUCAUGA